GUUAGAAAUUAGUUUAUUAGAGGGACCUCUUUGAUUAAGAUGGUGUGGUCAUGUUCAGAGGAGGGACAGGAGGUAUAUAUAUGUUCUGAGGAUGGUGGCCAUGGAGGCCAAGGAGGUUUAUGGAUGUGGCAAGGGAAGACAUGUUGGUUUGAAAGAGGCAGAUAUAGAUGACGGGGUUAUAUGGAGACGGAUGAUCUGCUGUGGCGACCCCUAAUGGGAGCAGCCUAAGGAAAAAAGGCACAAGCCAUAAAUGACAAAUUUACAAAGCUAUGAUAGUGCACAUGCAAGCAACAGAAGUGUGUGCAUGAACUGCAGUAAUGUACUGUAAAGAAUCGUGCGUGUCCAGCAGGUGGCGAUAUUACUGCAGUAAUCUCCGCUAGCCCGAAUUGUAAAGAGUCCUAAAUGUCCAGCAGAUGGCGCUUUUACUGCACUAAACUGAAAAUGCGCAUGUACCGCGUAAAAUUGCGAUUGUCCAGCAGGCGGCGCUGUUACAACACCGAGGUCUGCCCGUAGUUUUUAUAAUAGCGAAUGGCCAGCAGGCGGCACUGUUACUGCAGAAAUCUCCGCUCGCCCGUUCGAGCCUUUCUCCUCUCACCAUCCGUGAUGGCGGAGGACAGCGAGUCUGCGGCCAGCCAGCAGAGCCUGGAGCUGGACGACCAGGACACCUGCGGCAUCGACGGGGACAACGAGGAGGAAAAUGAACACGCACAAGGGAGUCCUGGUGGAGACUUUGGCGCGAAGAAGAAAAAGAAGAAACAGAAAAGGAAGAAAGAAAAACCUAGCUCUGGAGGAACCAAGUCUGAUUCUGCGUCCGAUUCUCAGGAGAUAAAGAAUCCAGCCAUUCCCAUGCAAAAGCUGCAGGACAUUCAGAGAGCAAUGGAGCUGCUGUCUACAUGUCAAGGACCUGCCAAGAACAUCGACGAGGCCACCAAGCACAAGUACCAGUUCUGGGACACUCAGCCUGUCCCUAAGCUCAACGAGGUGGUGACCACUCACGGGCCGAUCGAGCCGGAUAAGGAAAAUGUUCGACAGGAGCCAUAUUCCCUCCCGCAAGGUUUUAUGUGGGACACCCUGGAUCUCAGCAGUGCUGAAGUGUUGAAGGAGCUGUACACACUGCUGAAUGAGAAUUAUGUAGAGGAUGAUGACAACAUGUUCAGAUUUGACUAUUCUCCUAACUUUCUCAAAUGGGCCCUUCGCCCACCUGGCUGGCUGCCUCAGUGGCACUGUGGUGUGAGAGUCUCGUCUAAUAAGAAGCUGGUGGGCUUCAUCAGUGCCAUUCCUGCUGACAUUCACAUCUAUGACACAUUAAAGAAGAUGGUAGAGAUCAACUUCCUGUGUGUGCAUAAAAAGCUUCGCUCAAAGCGUGUAGCUCCAGUUCUGAUCCGGGAGAUCACACGCCGGGUCAACCUAGAGGGCAUUUUUCAGGCAGUUUACACUGCAGGGGUGGUACUGCCCAAACCAGUUUCCACAUGCAGGUACUGGCAUCGUUCUCUAAACCCGAGGAAACUUGUAGAGGUGAAGUUUUCUCACCUUAGCAGAAACAUGACACUACAAAGAACCAUGAAGCUUUACAGGUUAUCAGAUAGCACUCGCACUCCUGGGUUGAGGCCGAUGGCAGCUGCCGAUGUGCAGCAGGUGACUGCGCUACUGCAGAAAUACUUAAGCCAUUUCCAUCUGCGGCCUGUAAUGGGGGAGGAGGAGGUGCAGCACUGGUUCCUCCCGCAGGAGAACAUCAUCGACACCUACGUGGUGGAGGGUUCUGGUGGCACGCUGACCGACUUCAUCAGUUUCUACACGCUGCCUUCUACAGUGAUGCACCCACUGCACAAAAGCCUAAAGGCAGCUUACUCCUUCUACAACGUGCACACACAAACACCGCUGAUUGAUCUGAUGAAUGACGCACUCAUCCUCGCCAAACUGAAAGGCUUUGAUGUUUUUAAUGCUCUGGAUUUAAUGGAGAAUAAGACUUUCUUGGAAAAGCUCAAGUUUGGAAUUGGAGACGGAAACCUGCAGUAUUACCUUUACAACUGGAAAUGUCCUGGCAUGGAGCCUGAGAAGGUUGGCCUCGUGCUACAGUAACCAGCUGCUACAUUCAGGUCCACGGGACGCCAGUCAGAAAAAAACCAUGAAGAAAAUCCAUUCAGUGAAUGAGUUCCAUCAUGCAGCUCUCUUAGGUCUCUUCUUUUGUUACAAGAGAUUCUCCGGUGAUUUUUUUUCUUUCCUUUUUAGAUAUCAGCAGAAUGUGAAAAGCAUCAGCUUCAGACUGACUAAUACUUCAUACUAUAAACACACAAUUCUUUUCUUAA